AUGAUGCGGGCUUCCGUCUCGUCACUGGCCGUGGCGCCAGCAUUGGCGCUCGCUGCGCUCACCGCAACUCAAGAUGCCGCCCAGCUGGUCAUAUCGAAUGACCGUCUUUAUGCCAGUGUAAACAAGGCUACGGGUUCCGUGGAAAAGCUGACCCUCGAUGGUCAGAACCUGCUGGGGACAAAGUCCGGGUCUACGGGCAUUGGGCCCUACCUGGAUUGCUAUUGCACGCCCUCAGGUUUCUGGACUCCCGGCAGCGCAAAGCCAAGGUACGAGCUGUACAAGGGCACAGACUCUACGGGCACCGCAUACGGUGGCAUCAAGAUGUCCGACACGUAUGCCGCUACGGGUCAGGUGCUAGAGACGUACUGGUUCCUUCGGGAUAAUGAGACGGGCCUGCACAUGUUCGAAAGGCUGGCGUACUACAACGAGACAACACCGUUCUUGAGAAACCUUCAGGAGUUUCGGACCUUGUUCAGACCAAACUCAGCUAUUUGGACGCACUUGUUGACGAACGAAGACCAGUGGGCGCCGCUGCCUAGCAAGGCGGCCAUUGCCAAGCAGGUUGUUGUCCAGGAUGCUACGUGGUAUCUGGGGAAUACACCAGACGAUGCCUAUGUUCAGCAGGAGGCCGACUACUUUACCAAGUACACAUUCCAGGACACAUGGAGAAACAACGAUGUCCACGGACAGUUCGCCGACGGUACCCAAACUUCGGAUAACUCGACCUUUGGAGCGUGGCUUGUGAUGAACACGAAGGACACAUACUUUGGUGGACCACUCCAUUCUGACUUGAUGGUGGACGGUAUCGUGUACAACUAUAUUGUGUCAAACCAUCAUGGUGACCAGACACCGAACAUAACUCAUGGCUUCGACCGCACAUUCGGUCCCCAAUACUAUUACUUCAACCAUCUCCCUGCCGGCACAGACAUCCUCGAAUCGCAAGCCGAUGCAGCCCAAUUUGCAGACCCCUCCUGGAACGCCGAGUUUUAUGAUUCCAUCGCCCAAUACAUACCAAACUAUGUGACGACUUCAGGACGAGGCACAUUUCAGCUUGAAGCGAGCCUGCCGUGCAAAGCUAAGAAACCCAUCGCCGUCCUGGCCCAGAACGCCAUAGACUUCCAGGACAACGUCUUCGACACUAAGGCAUAUCAGUACUGGGCUGAGAUCGACGCGACCGGUGCUGCAACCAUUCCACGCGUCAAGGCCGGCACGUACCGGCUGACCAUCUAUGCCGACGGUAUCUUCGGAGACUACACGCAGGACGACAUCGUGAUCGCGGCGGGCGAGGUGCAGACGGCGAGCGUGACGUGGCGCGAGGAGAGCGCCGGCGCCGAGAUCUUCCGCAUCGGGACGCCGGACAAGAGCAGCGGCGAGUACCGGCACGGGUACGCACGGGACGAGACGCGACCACGCCGGCCCGAGGAGUACCGCAUCUACUGGCCGGUGUACGAUUUUGUCGACGAGUUCCCCGAGGGCGUCGCCUUCAAGGUCGGCGAGAGCGACGUCGCCACCGACCUGAACUACGUCCACUGGAGCGUCUUCGGCGGCAAGGGCAAUUCGAUCCGCACGCAGCCGUACGUUGGCGACGGCAACGUCAACAACUGGACCAUCACGUUCAACCUGGAGGAGCAGCAGCGCGAGGCCAAGACGACAGGUAUCUUCACAGUCCAGCUUGCCGGGGCGAAGACAGCUGCUGGAAACACGGACGUCUAUAACGCCUCUGAGCCUCAUUCGAAUCUGAAAUAUACCGUCAACGUGAAUGGCCAGGACCUUGAGCCUUGGGUCAUCCCAUACUACCAAAGUAGUUCAUGUGCCGUACGGUCCGCAGUCAUCUGCUACAACCUCGCACACAAGUUCAACUUCCCAGCGGAUCUUUUGCGAGCUGGCGAGAACAGUCUUGUUCUCAGUCUGCCGUACAACGCAACGAACUACGAGAGCGCGGUGUUGACUCCGUCCAUCUACGUACAGUAUGAUGCGCUUCGGCUGGAACUGAGUUGA